AUGAAGAAGCACAUGGAGAACCAUAUGAUGACCCAGCACGUGACGGGGGAAACUUAUCAAUGUGGUACGUGUGGGAGUAACUUUGCUGAUAAGAAGCUGUUACAAAAGCACGAGGGCACCCAUUUGGAAAAAUUCGCCCACGACAUGUUCCCUUGUCACCUUUGUCCUCUGACCUUCGUGAGGAGACAAGGCCUUCAACAACAUGUUGGGGUUGCUCAUGAAAAUCAGAGGAAUCAUCCCUGCCCACUUUGUGACCACAGGUUAACGACUUCCACAGACUUGAAGCGUCACGUGGCAACCAUACAUCCUACAAACACGGAUUUCGUCCAUUCCUGUGGCAAAUGCGAGUACCAGACAAAUUCGAAGCGUUACUUGGCACAGCACGUGAAACGACACGGGAUUGAGAAUCGACGCCACGAGUGCUACUUUUGUGGAAAAAAGUUUAUUCGUUUUGCCCACCUGGUCAGCCACAGCUGUCGGGUUCAUACAUUGGAAAAGUAA